AUGGGUUCUCUUUCUUUCCCAGCACCACAGUCGCCGGAAAAUUCCACGUCAAGGUACUCUAUUUUUGCCUCAUUUUCUUCAACGUCUAUUGUAACGAAUGAUUCCACUGUUACAAACUGGAUAGCUUGUUAUGAUCCUUCUAACAACACUUGGAGUUACGUUACUUCGAUUCCCGAUUUGCCCGAAAAUCAUGUGCUCAAGGACUUGGCUAUGGUUUCAAUUUCAAACUCAAUUUAUAUUAUAGGUGGUCGACUUUGUCGAAAAGAGAAAACUCAAAAUGCUCAAUAUGAAAGCGAUGAAUUUUUCGAUAGUGAUAUUAACGUACUAUCAUCGGUGUUACGUUAUGACAUUAAUUCUAACCAAUGGUCAAAAUGUGCACCACUUAACGUACCACGUUAUAAUUUUGCAUAUGUUGUUAAGGACAAUAAGAUUUAUGUAGCUGGAGGACAAUCAACGUUAGGUAGUGCUAGGGGUGUGACGUGGCAAGGGAAAAUCCACGUGGUUGGUGGAUUUGUACAAGGUGGAGGGUUUUCGCAAUACGUGGACCGUUGUUCGGCUGAGAUGUAUGACACGUCAAGGGGACAGUGGGACCUUGUGGCAGGGAUGUGGCAAUUGGAUGUGCCAGCUAAUGAAAUAGUUGAGAUAAAUGGUAAGUUAUUUAGCUCAGGGGAUUGUCUUAAUGCAUGGAAAGGUCAUAUUGAGGUUUAUGAUGGGAAACUUAAUAUAUGGUAUAUGGUUGAAGGUUCACAAAAGAGUAUUUUUCCCUUUGAAGAAAAUGGACAACCAAUUCAUCGACUAUACUUAACAAUGGUCCCAGUUGGGACACAUUUGUAUUUCUUGGCUGGUUAUCGGACGGUUGAUAAUCCAUCAAUGACUAUAUCGGUGGUCUAUGCAUUUGACACGUCAGCAACAGGAGGUGAAUGGAAGAGCUUUGAGCCAAUUCAAGAAGAAGGAGAAAGAGAACUAUGUAGCCAUUGUUGUGUUGUCCAAUUCUCUUAG